AUGGUUCUUCAAGACCUUGGGCGGCGAAUCAACUCCGCCGUCAAUGACCUGACGAGGUCCAAUAACCUAGAUGAGAAGGCAUUCGAUGACAUGCUGAAAGAAAUCUGCGCCGCUCUCCUCUCCGCCGAUGUCAACGUCCGUCUUGUGGGAACUUUGCGCAAAUCGAUCAAGGCCAGCGUGAACUUCGCCUCACUACCAGCUGCGGUGAACAAGAAGCGCCUUAUCCAGAAGACCGUCUUCGACGAGCUUGUCAAAUUGGUCGAUCCACAUGCGGAUGCUUUCCGGCCGAAGAAGGGUCGCCCCAAUGUGAUCAUGUUCGUCGGUUUGCAGGGUGCGGGUAAAACAACCACUUGUACAAAGCUGGCUCGCCACUACCAGACUCGAGGAUUCAAGACAGCGCUGGUUUGUGCGGAUACAUUCCGUGCUGGUGCUUUUGAUCAGUUGAAGCAGAACGCAACCAAGGCUAAAAUUCCAUACUACGGUAGCUUGACGCAGACGGAUCCUGCUGUUGUAGCUGCUGAGGGUGUGGCGAAGUUCAAGAAGGAGCGUUUCGAUAUCAUUAUCGUCGAUACCAGUGGUCGUCACCGACAGGAGGAGGAGCUCUUCACGGAAAUGACACAGAUUCAGACUGCUGUAACCCCAGAUCAGACUAUCCUCGUGCUGGACAGCACAAUCGGUCAAGCUGCAGAGGCGCAAUCCUCGGCGUUCAAGGCCACUGCAGACUUCGGAGCUAUCAUCAUCACUAAGACCGACGGCCAUGCCGCUGGCGGUGGUGCUAUUUCUGCUGUCGCGGCGACACACACUCCUAUUAUCUUCCUUGGUACUGGUGAGCACAUGAUGGAUCUCGAGCGAUUCGAGCCCCGUGCAUUCGUCCAGAAGCUUUUGGGUAUGGGCGAUGUCGCCGGACUGGUCGAGCACGUACAGGCCAUGACGAAGGAUUCCGCAGGUGCUAAGGAAACAUACAAGCACAUUGCGGAAGGUAUCUACACUCUGCGUGAUUUCCGCGAAAACAUCACAUCUAUUAUGAAGAUGGGCCCGCUGUCCAAAUUGUCCGGCAUGAUUCCAGGUCUGUCGAACAUGACCCAAGGUCUGGAUGACGAGGACGGCUCAUUGAAGCUCCGCCGCAUGGUCUACAUCUUCGACAGCAUGACUGUAGCCGAGUUAGACGGCGACGGCAAGAACUUCGUCGAGCAGCCUAGCCGCAUGGUCCGCAUUGCGCACGGUAGUGGAACCACCGUCCGCGAGGUUGAGGACUUGCUCUCCCAGCACCGCAUGAUGGCCGGCAUGGCCAAGCGUGUUGGCGGCCAGAAGAAGCAGAUGCAGCGUGCUCAGAACAUGAUGAAGGGCGGAAACAAGGAUCAGCAGAUGGCAGCCAUGCAGAAGCGCAUGGCCUCCAUGGGUGGUGCUGGUGGUGGUGGCAUGCCCGGCAUGCCUGAUAUGGCCAAGAUGAUGCAGAUGAUGGGAGGCGGCGGUGGCGGCAUGCCUAACCUCGGCGGUAUGGAUAUGCAGAGUUUAAUGAGCCAAAUGGGUGGGUUGAUGGGCGGAAUGGGAGGUGGCGGUGGUGGGCGUGGAAGAGGACGUUAA